AUGGAUUUUACAUAUCCUCCAGAUAUAAAAGAUAAUUUGGAUAAAUAUAAGUCACGCGUUAACCUUUUAAGCGGUAAUUUUGUUUUUGAAAAUUAUGCAAAUGCAACAAUAGAACAAACUAUCGAUAGAAUUGAAACAAAAUCAAAUAUUUUUACUUUGGAAAUCAGAAAAUCAGAUUCAUUUCAAUUUACAAUAAAUAUUGACGUGAAGGUUGAUCUUGGUAUAUAUAUUCUCCAAACUUUGGGAAUAAACACAGGGUUUAUAGAAGGUACUGGUGGGAUUAAAUUUGCGUUUUCUUCAAAACAUGAGAAAGUAUAUAGGGAAACUGUAUCAGAAACGGUUUCAUAUAAUGUUAAUCAGAAAAUAAUCAUACCACCCCUUAAUUCGGUAAAAGUUAAUAGCACGAUAGAUAAGAUUAGUAUUCGCGUACCAUUUAAAGCAAAGAUUAGAGUUAAUGGAAAAGCAGACAGAUUAGAUGAGAAUGGAAGAAUUGUUUCAAUGACCGAUGUUGAGAUUAAUGCACUUAGAUGUUAUCUUCGAAAGGAAAAAUAUGAAACAAAAAAUAUAACAGUUGAAGGAAAUUAUCUUAUUGUUGAUACCAGUGGUACUUUGGAAGUAGAAGUUCGAACUGCUUUUAUUGAUGCACCAAAGAAACGUGGUCCUCCAAAAGGUUAUAUUGAAGCUUUAGAAACUAGACUUCAAAGAAUGGAAUCAAUUCUUGGAGGUUUGGUUCAAUCAGGGGAUUUACCAGAAGGCACAAUCUCUUCAAAUCUUGAAUGGAUUAAUGUAAAUGAAAGUAAUUUUAGAUCCGGUCAAGAAUCAAAUAAUACUACUAGUUCUAGAUUAAGAAAAACUCCUUCCUUUAAUUCUUCAUCACUCGGAAGAAGUGGUAGAGCCAAUUCUUCAAAAAGUUUAGUAUCACAUAAUUCAUAUAAAAAUAAUGGUCAAAGUAGUGAUUCAGAUGAUUCUCUUUCAAGUGAUAGUAAUGAAUAUACUGGUUCUCAAUAUGAUUUAAAUGAUAGUAUGGGUCAACUUGCAAUGGAUGAAACUGGUCAUACUAAAUAUCUUGGUAAUAGUUCAGGAGUUUUUUUAUUAAAAAUUACAAAAAAAAUUGCUAAUGGACAAAUUAUUACUGUACCAAGUAAUGAUUGGAAUAAUCCUUCUUUAAAACGUAUCGGUCCAAAUAUGGUUAUUGAAUUUCCUCCAAAAGAUUUAUGUGAUAAAUUAUUAGAUGCUUAUUGGAAUCAAGUACAUCCUUUUAUGCCUUUCAUUGAUAAAGAAGAUUUAAUGGAAAAAUAUAAUAAUUUGGAAGCACAUUAUUCUUCAAUCAUUUUAUUUUAUGCAAUAUUCGCUUUAUCUACAAGAUAUAUUGAUGAUCCUGCUAUAAAAUAUUAUUCUGAAGAAUAUUCAGGAAGUAGUUUUUAUACAAAAGCAAGAGAAUUAUUAAGAGAUGAAUUUGAUAAACCUUCAAUUUCUGUAGUUCAAGCUUUAUUAUUAUUAUCAGUACAAAUUAGUGGUCAAAAAGAUUCUAUUACUUGGGUAUAUAUUGGUCUUGCUAUAAGAAUAGCUCAAGAUAUGGGUUUACAUCGUGAUUCUGCUAAAUGGAAUAUUGAUGAAAGACAAAGUGAAGUAAGAAGAAGAGUUUGGUGGGCUUGUGUUGUAGUUGAUAGAUUUUCUAGUGCAGGUUUAGGAAGACCUUUAGCAAUAAAUGAAGCUGAUUGUGAUGUUAAUUAUCCUGUACCAGGAAAAAUUCCUUCUGAUGAUAUAGAAACUAUUGAAGGUUGGGUUGAAUUAAUUAAAUGUAAUUUAAUUCUUGGUCGUAUACUUAAUCAUGUUUAUGGUAUAAAAUCUAAAUCAUCAUCAUCACAAAAUAACAUAGAAUCAGUUUUAGUUUCUUUAGAUAAUGAAUUAAAUGAAUGGCGUGAUAAUUUACCAAAAAAAUUUCAAUUUGAUUCUUCAACUAUGCAUGGUGGUGAUGUUAAUACAAAUAGAAAAAUAUAUGCUCAUUUACUUUAUUAUACUCAACAAAUACUUUUACAUCGACCUCAUAUACGUGGACCAAAAUCAAAAGCUCCACCUUCUUCAAUUCCUUCAUUAACCAUUUGUACUAUGGCAGCAAAUAAUAUUACUCAUGUAUUAUAUCGUGGUUUAAAAGAUGGUAGUUUAAAAUUAUCUGGAAUUUAUACAAUUUAUUCAUUUCUUACCGCAGCAUCUAUGCAUAUUAUAAAUGCUUUAAGUGGAGAUGAUAGAUUUAGAGAAGUUGCAAAACAUGGUUUAAGAAUGACAUUAAAAUGUUUAGAUUAUAUGACAGAAUAUUGGCAAGUUUCUGAUAAAUUAUCAUAUUUAAUUCGGGAUUUAUUAAAAUCAAAAAAUAUAGAAUUGGAAGGUUAUAAUGAAAUGGGGGGAAAUCCAAAUCCAAGUCCAACUUGUCAAAUAGGUAUUUUAUCAAAACAUGGUAAAGUAGAAGAUUUAAAAGAAAGAAACCCUUUCUUAUGUCAAUUUAAGGAAUUAAAAGAUGGACAACCCUUACCAAAGAUUACCUUUGCCACAUCGCAUCCAACAAAUUCAAGUUCAAUUGAACAAAAUCAGCAAACGUCACCAUACCCGACAUUAUGGAAUUCACCACAACCACAUCAUCAACAUCAACAUCAUCAACAUCAACAUCAACAACAACCAAAAAAGAAUAUUAUAAACAAUUCGACUUCGAUAUCUACCCCAGUAUUAACAUCAUCAUCAGUGAACAGUCCACAAUCAACAACAAUGAAAUCACCGAUGAAUGAUGCAAUGCAAUACGAGCAAACUUCAUCCCCUGAAUCAACUACUUCGACAUCAUCAGGAUUUAUGCAAUUCACAGAAUAUUUAACAACAGAUAGUGGAUUGUUUCCUCAAAAUGCCAAUACUUUUACUCCAGAUUCAUCAUUAUUAUUUGAAAUGGAUGAUUCGAUGGGUAAUAAUAAUCCAUUUUUAUCAUUACCAUCAGCAAUUGAUUGGAAUGAUUGGACCGAUUGGACUGAAUAUUUGUUAAGAAUGCAAAAUUUAAGAAAUUCUGUUAAUACAACAACACCAACUAGUGUAAUGAAUAACAAUGGAAUUUCAACAAAUCCAGUAGUUAGUAAUCCGAAUCUGAAUAUUCCCCCUAUGACAGGUAACACUAAUAGCAUGGCGUAUCAAUGA